AUGACACAGAUUGGGCAGCUUUACGUAGACAGAGCCGCUGGCGCUGUUCGUCUGGACCAGGUGUACCGUGCGCAGCGCACUACCUUCCUCGUAGACAACCGCCACCUGCGCGGCUUUUUCUUCUUCGACACAGCGAGUGGCGAUGGUGCUCCGCAGGACGGAAAUGGCAACGGCAGUGACAAGGGCCCUUCUCAGCGCUGCCACGUCUUCUACCUGCCGCACAAAGUUGCACCCUUUUGCGUGCCGCAGCGCUACACUGCGUCCACGCGCAAGUCAAUGGUUCGCGGCGUGCCGGUAAUUCGCUUUAGUGGGAUGGAACGGUACGAUCACACACCGCUGUUGGAGCAGCGCUUCUACGUGCUGAACGCGACUGACGCAGCAUCGGGGGCACCAAUGACAAUUCCAUGGCGGCUAGAGCUGAGCGCGCGCUCAGACCUCGAGCUGAGUAAGAUCACCGCUGUCCCCUACGAGUCGCCGAAUUGGCGCUUUUUCGGCCAUCCCAUGUUUGAUGAACUUGUCCUGUCCCCCGCGCAGGAGAGCCAGGUGCAGUUGUGGGAGCCCGUGUAUAAUCUCUUCACAGUGGAUUUCUACAACUACUACCCGACGACGCUGACUCCAGAUGUCUUCGCGGUACCGCCGCAGUGUACAGCGGUGCUUGUCAAGAGCACGAGCACUGGCAAUAGUGUUGCUAAAGAAGCAAGCGCAUCGACACGUGGUCGAACAACUUUAGCUGCAACGGAGCCGCUGGAGCUGGUGACGGCUCAACUCUUUUUUCUUCAGUGGCACGUCUUGCACAACGCAUCCGCGGGGCUGCACGUGGCCAAGAAAAUAUACGAGCUCUAA